AUGUAAGAAAACUUAAUUCAAAUUGACUUCUCAUAAAUCGAAAGUUUGGAUCCCUGUGUUCAAGGGGGAUACAAGAUAAUUUUCAAUCAAGAGAUCCCAUUUAUAAUUAAAUUUCCAGACUAAGAAGAUCAGAGUAUUAUUGAAACAAUCAGAGUCAGAAUCAUGAUUUUGGUAUGAAAAUUUUAAAUUAUCAUAAUAGGGAAAUGGAAAAGAUUUAUAACAAUUAACUUUGGAGUUAUCAAGCGAAAAUGAUUUAUUUUUCUAUUAUUUUCACACAGUAGACAAAGACAAUUUUCAAGUUGUCAAAACUAAUUAAAAACUCAACACAGAUUUCUUUGGAUAUCCAGAAGUAUGUGUUAAAACAUUCAGGAGAUGUUAAUUGGAAAAAUAGCUGUAAUGAUAUAAUAUAUGUGGCAGUUUUGCUCCUGUGCUGUACAUUUAACAGAAUGCAAGAGCUUAGGUGAGUAUUGUUUAAACAUUGGAGUAUAAAGAGUUGACUUUAAUCACAUUUGAAAUGAUUGCUGGGGAUGAAGAAAUCAUUAAAUAACAUGUCUAUUACAAGCAUGGUGCAGUAAAAUCUAAGUUUUAGAUACUAAAUGCAAAAAUAAAAGAUGUAAUUUAAUUGUUUGAUUUGAGAUACAUGAAUUAGUCAAAGUAAAGAAUCCACAGCUGUUGCUUCAUUUACAAAAAUACCUUCCUAAUUGA